CUGCAUGAAUGUUGUUUACCCAGCAGGUGGAUGUGACGUCACGGGCGCAGAACAUCAAAAAAUAACAACAUCCAAAUCCGCGAUUCUCUCUCUUUUUUUGUGUGUGCAAGGCGCAAUAAAGUGUAAUAUCAUCCGAAGCAGCUCCGUGGAGAAAGGCGGCGUAAACCGGGCUCGAAACGGCGGCGUUGCUCCUAGUACAGUGUUUGCAGCUGAAGUUAGUACCGCUGGCGGAGUGAUAUAUUUGUUGGUUAUUUACAGUACGUUUAUAGCACGCGCUCAUGGUAUACAAGAUCGCGUGAAGAGUUGAAUUUGUUAUCUCGCCCAAAUUUCCGCGUCUGUCGCGUCUCUGUCAAACCCCGGCACCUCAACAAGACUAAAAGGAUUUAUACGAACAGCCUACGAUCACCUGUCAGUUUACCUCCUGAUACAAUUGAGCUGGCUACACCGUAUCCAAUGGUUCCGCCCCUUUCUUCUCUUUUCUGAAUUCUGAUUGGAACAAUGGAACGUCAGUCUCGUCCAAACAAGUGACUCUGGCAGGAGAGUGCAGUGGUCCGGCCCUGUGGAUGCUGAACGGGCAGGGAGGUUAAACGCAGCACUGGAACUGAAGACUGCCGCAAAUAAGCAAGUCCUUGGAGAAGGUAUAUAUCAGCAGGGGAUAAGGGUUGGUGUGUUUCAGAACAGAUUAGUGCAGUCACAGGUUGUGUCCCUCCUCUCUCCGCUGCACCCUCAUACACGAGACUCCUCAAGCGCUAGCCGACCAAUCAAGCUCUUUUAUUCUCUUCUCUGAUUGGUUUUUAAGUCAUGAUGCAAGAGUCGGGGACAGAGGCGACAAACGGAACGGCCAAUCAGAACGGCGCCCCACCUAGUGUGGAGGGACACAGAGAAGUUCGAUCCAAGAGCGCCACACCUUCCUCUGACAUCACAGCGUCUGACCUCGUCAGCUUUCAGCAGCAGCAGGCCUUACAAGUUGCACGACAGAUCCUUCUCCAACAGCAACAGCAAAGCAGUGCCCACAAGUCCCCCAAAAACAAUGACAAGCAACUCGCACCACAGGUCCCAGUUUCUGUUGCUAUGAUGACACCACAGGUCAUAACUCCUCAGCAGAUGCAGCAAAUCCUCCAACACCAAGUUCUGAGCCCCCAGCAGCUCCAGCUGUUACUGCAGCAACAACAAGCACUGAUGUUACAGCAGCAGCAACUCCAAGAGUUCUACAAGAAACAGCAAGAACAACUCCACCUUCAGCUCAUCCAGCAGCAGCAUGGCAGCAAACAGCAGAGUAAAGAGGUGUCUGCUCAGCAGUUGGCGUUCCAACAGCAGCUGCUCCAGGUUCAGCAGCUCCAGCAGCAGCAUCUCCUGAGCCUGCAGAGACAAGGGCUGCUGUCCAUUCAGCCCAACCAGACUCUUCCCCUGCACUCCCUCACUCAGGGCAUGAUUCCAGCCGAACUGCAGCAGCUGUGGAAGGAGGUGACAAACAGCCAUGUGAAGGAGGAGAACAGCGCGACCAAUAACGGUCACCGGGGUCUGGACCUGUCGUCCCCCUCCCCCGUUCCCCACAAAAACCACAACCAGCAUGGAUCCACCAACGGCCAGUACGUCAGCCACUCGCUCAAGAGAGAGGGAUCAACGUUGGAUGAUCAUUCUCCUCACAGUCACCCUCUAUACGGUCACGGUGUCUGCAAAUGGCCAGGAUGUGAAGCCGUGUUUGAAGACUUUCAGUCGUUCCUGAAACAUCUGAAUAAUGAACAUGCCUUGGAUGACAGGAGCACGGCGCAGUGCAGGGUACAGAUGCAAGUAGUUCAACAGCUGGAACUGCAGUUAGCGAAAGACAAAGAGCGUCUCCAAGCAAUGAUGACUCAUCUUCAUGUGAAGUCUACAGAGCCCAAACCCACCCCUCAGCCACUGAACCUGGUUUCUAACGUCACCCUGUCCAAGACGGCUCCUGAGGCCUCACCGCCCCUCAGCUUACCCCAGACGCCCACCACCCCGACGGCCCCCCUCACGCCGCUCUCACAAACCCACUCCGUAAUCACCUCCAACAGCCUGCACAGUGUCGGUCCCAUGCGCAGACGCUACUCGGACAAGUACAACAUGCCCAUAUCUCCAGAUAUUGUCCAGAACAAAGAGUUCUACAUGAAUGCUGAAGUACGACCUCCUUUCACAUAUGCUUCGCUAAUACGACAGGCAAUACUAGAGUCGCCAGAAAAACAGCUAACACUAAACGAGAUCUACAACUGGUUCACACGAAUGUUUGCAUAUUUCAGACGCAAUGCAGCAACGUGGAAGAACGCAGUGCGGCAUAACCUUAGUCUUCACAAGUGUUUUGUGCGGGUAGAGAACGUUAAAGGGGCGGUAUGGACCGUCGACGAGCUAGAGUUCCAAAAGAGAAGGCCGCAAAAGAUCAGCGGAAGUCCAGCUCUAGUAAAGAACAUCCAUACCACUUUGGGAUACGGUCCCGCUCUUUCUGCAGCCUUCCAGGCUUCAAUGGCAGAGAACAACAUACCUCUAUACACUACCGCUUCCAUCGGAAGUCCCACUCUUAACUCGCUUGCCAGCGCCAUCCGAGAGGAAAUGAAUGGGGCCAUGGACCACGGGAACAGCAACGGUAGUGACAGCAGCCCUGGACGCUCGCCCCUGCCAGCUAUGCAUCAUAUCAGCGUAAAAGAGGAGCCACUGGACCCCGAAGAGCACGAAGGCCCCCUUUCCCUCGUGACGACAGCCAAUCACAGUCCAGACUUUGACCACAACAGAGAUUACGACGACGACCACGUUCAUGAGGACAUGCUGUAAGCCUGGUUUCACCCAGGUCCUCUGCCUAAGAGGCCAUACUAAACUGCGGUCGCCUGCGAGACCACUCCAGAUAUAGCAAGCCCAAGACUGGAUUCCCAAUCCUCUUGUUGACAGCUAUUAAAAUGUUCCGAUUUACUCUUAGUGCCAUUAAAUACGAAACGAAAUACGAGAUAAGAAAAAUCUAUUCCAUUUGGAAGUAUUUUUGAUUUGUUUCUACUUUUCGGUUUAAAGACGAGAUGCGUACAUUUCUACUCAUCGCCUGAUGAAGAGACGUUUGGUACUGGGGCCUGCUUCGACUUCCUUUCGGCAUAAGUGACCACCGAGACCAGAGGACAUGAAAACUGAGAAAGAGCUGAGAAAGACUCAUCGCCCUCUGAGUCAAAUAAACACUGAUCACGAACUCUCACACACACACAAAUCAUUAGCGCUUCAACGAGCGUGCCACUCACAGUGUGCGUGUACGUAUGUGACUUUAAUUCAUUGUCUCUGCCUUCAGAUCUUCUCAAAAGGACAGUUCACACAAAAAUGAAAACUCUGUCAUUUCUCACCCUUACGUCAUUCCAAACCUGUAUGACUUUCUUUCGUUAGUGAAACAGAAUGAUUCAUUUUGAAGAGUGUACGCAGUUGCGUUUUCAUAUAAUCACUAAGGAGAGUGAACGGUGAGUCAGAUCUUUUUAAGUGAAUUGGAUGAUGAAGUUCGAAAUCAAGCUCACUUGUCUUCGACUCAGUAGGUGCGUUCCCAUUACGGAUUGGCACAAAACUUUUGUGAUGGCGGUAAAAAGUGUUGCAAAAUGAUGGCGUUACCAUUAACCGAUGUUACGCAGUAAGUCAUGGCGAUGGAUGUAGGAUAGGUUUAUGUAUGUCGCAGCCACCACAUAAAUUUGAAUCGGUGGAGACGUACUGUAGGCAUUUAUCUUCGCAGAAGCAGCGUGGACAGCUGCUUCUGGGACGCUUCUGAAACUGAAACAAGUCGCAGGGCACCCGGUAUAUUCAAGCACUGUGUAGUCAAUGUUUGUAUAAGCAGCCACAUAUGUGACCCUGGACCACAAAACCAGUCAUUUUUUUGAAUUUGAGAUUUGUACAUCAUCUGAAAGCUGAUAUAUUUGGCUGAGAUAUAACUGUUAGAAAAUCUGAGGGUGCAAAAAAAAUCUAAAUAUUGAGAAAAUCGCCUUUAAAGUUGUCCAAAUUAAGUUUUGAUACAUUCACGGUAGGAAAUUUAAAAAAUAUCUUCAUGGAACAUGAUCUUUACUUAAUAUCCUAAUGAUUUUUGGCAUAUAAUUUUGACUCAUACAAUGUAUUUUUGGUUAUUGCUACAAAUAUACCUUUGCUACUAAAGACUGGUUUUGUGGUCUAGGGUCACCUAUGAGGUGUUUUUUGAGGCUAUAGUACAUUAAAGAAUGAUCAUGUGACUUUUACGUACGCAAUGUGAGCUGUAAAUGUGAAAAAGCUGUUUCCAUUGCAGUUCUUUGAAAUAUUCCUUUUUGGAAUUGCCUGAAAAACCACCUCGUGUGAGCGUAAAAGCUUUUUUACGACAUAUGGCAGUUUACGCGAAAUUGACGUGUUUCCAUUAGGCAUAUUUUCAAUUCGCAAUUUCAAUUUGUGCAAUUUUAAGGGUAGUGGAAACGCAGCUAGUGACUCAAAAGGAGAGUGAAUCAACCUAGAACUUAUGGAAGUACAAUAUGGACCCCAUUUCUGAUGCUUUUAUGUCGCUCCACUCCUCAUUAAUCAAAACGGCAUGAAAAAGAGCAGCUGGUACGCUCUUUAAAAUUUCAUAUUGUGUUUUUACAAAUUAAAAGAAAGUCAUACCGUUUUUAGAAUAUGAAUAAAUGACAGCAUUUUUAUUUUUUCAAGUGCCCUGUUCCUUUAAAUUCGCUGUCGUCACAGCUGGAGGAUAUCUGUCUGGUGUUUUGAGGGUUCCUGGGCAAAUAAUUUAAACAUAGUGUCCUCUCAUUACUCUGUGCUGUUAGCUAUAUAUCCUUUUUGUUGGGUUUGUUUGUUUUGGUAACUGAUCAGACCUCAUGAAUAAUGACGUGGAGUUAUGGUGUGCUUAGCACUGGAUGAAUGUUAAGGCUUCUCAUGCUCUCUUUUUUUCCCUCUUUCUUUCCUUUCGAAAUUGAAACAGAAUGUCGCAUUACCGUGUAGUAUUUUUCUGUCAUUUGUUCCUAGCGUUUCGGAUCGCCACUUUGCAGUCACAUUGCCCUUGCGUGCCGACACACACACACAAACACGUUCUCCCUUUCCCGCUCAUGAAGUCCAUCUGCAAAUGCACUACUCGUAAUGAAGGCUCCCUCUCCACGCACCAAUGAAGUUUAAUUUUCACGUGGAAUGAAUGACAGAGAAAUCAACGCAGGUUAACGUUUAUCGUUCUGAAAUUAUACUUUCAAAAAUCCCCUUGCAUGCUAGCGUCAACCAAAUCGCUGAUCGCAACCGUCAUCUGUACCGCAAAAUGAAAUGUCAGAAAAUGUUGAAAUAAGCACCGGGGAGAGAGGAUUGCUAGACAAAAGCGAAUUGCGAUUCCUGAACGUUAUUGUCGACGGCAUAUAUGAAACUUUUCUUUGCUUUGCCUUUUUAUUCAAUUCCGUCUGGAUGACUUUAAACUGCAUUCCCUCGUUUCAAUAUCAGCUUCACCACAUCAAUGACCGGCUCAGCCUCUGUUAUUAGACAUGAUAAUAAUUACACACGGGAUAAACGUUAAAGGGAUUACAGCCAUGACCACUGAGCAUUACGGCACUGGGGCAGCCCACUAUGACCACAUCACGCGACCCCGGGAAGCGACUCCGGAUUGGAAGCUGCUGUCGCCGGCUAGUUUAGAUUGAAAUUUGGGGACCGCGCGAGGAAUGACAACAGACUUUAGAUUAGGCUUUUUUGGAACGACUGCAACCAACCACUUUCUGUGUUCUUAUUUAUUACUUCUAUUUUUAUUGUCAUUUUGUUUUUACUUAAGUUGAUGUUUAAUGUCUCUUAUCUGUGACUACCAAAGAUACAAGAUACUACAAGUUGAUAUAUUCUAUGUUCCAUGCAAUAGCUUAACGAAAGGCCAAAUAUCCUUAGAGCGUUCCCCGCAUUGGCCGGACGCGAAAAUUAUGAAAUGUUUGAAACUGUGUCUGGCUUAUUAUGGUGAAGAAAAAAAAAGAAGCAAGCCAAAGGGGUUGUUCGAUGGGCAGCUGUAUGUCUUUGCCUGUGACCAAAAUAGUAGAGGAGAGGCAGAGAUCGAGACCAACACACGACCAAAUCAAAGCAAUGUUGUCUUUGGGCCAAUGAAAAGGAAAAAAGGGAGUGUUCUAUCAGGAAAUGAUGGCUGUAAAGGAGAAGGAUAUGGAUGAAAGAGUUUAGGACUGUGUUCACUGUCGUCACAGGAAAUUUAAAUCCAGGAGGGGGAAAACAUUUGCAUAACACAAUGUGAACUGAACUUUAAACUGGACCACACAAUGAUGAGACUUUCAUUUGUUCUCAUACUUUGGAUUUUUUUUUUUUUUUUUUUUUUUUGGUUUGUUUGUUUUCCCAUUUUAUUCUUUGAAAAGAUUGUAUGCCACUUACCUUGUAAAUUCGAAACGGGAUUCCCGAUGUCCUUUUGUUAAUCUUGGCAAUGCUCUAUGAUUGUGUUUUAGUGUCUGUCAACUUAUUACUUUUUUAUAUUAAAAAACACUCCUGUCAACCAA